UGACUGACGGUCGGUUGAAUUCUUAGAGUUCCUUUACACCAAAAGCAAGAUUUGGAUGGUGGAUUUUGAMAGAAAACAGAGAUUCUUUAAAAGGCUUUUCUUUUUUAUCUGGUUGAUGUCUGUCAUCUUYAAGGAGGGAUGUAUGAUGGCACAUUCACCAAUUACUGUACCAGAUAAUGCACCAAAAUGUGACAAAAAUUGGCCAGGAAUAGAUGUGCGUUUCCUGGCAUUUGACUUUGAUGGUACAUGUACAGUCCAUGACACAACUUCACUAUUUUACAAAGCAUCUGAUAAAUAUAGACAUGCUGUAGAUGGAGAAGCCAAACAAAUUGACCAGGAAUGGGAAACAAUUGGACUUCAAUAUACUACAGGAUACCAGGAAACAAUUGAAAAAUUACUGCAACAUCUACCAUGCCAGGAAGAUAAUGGUGUAAAUAAAACAGGGCUCAGGCAGUUUUUGAUGGAGGUUCAUGACUUUGAUAGUGGGUCAACAAAGAAGGUUGAAGAAAGUAAACUUCUAGCUGGGAUAACUCAUGAAGGCAUUGUUAAUAUUGCCAAGCAAGUGAACUUGAAACCAGGCUGCUUGGAUGUGCUUGAGCAGUUUAAUCUAACACUACAUGUCAUAUCAUUUAAUUGGUCAAAGGAUCUURUACAAACUGUCCUYGGAAAACUCAAAAAUCUCUCCAUCACAGGAAAUGAUUUCCCUCAAGUAAAUAACAAAUCAACAGGAAUGAUAGACAAGAAAGUAUCUUCAUCUCUAGACAAAGAAAAACAAUUUCAACAUCUUUUGAAUGCUGCUCAAKAUUCACRUACAGGUUUGUCGGUAUUCAUUGGGGAUUCAAUUGGCGAUCUUCUGGCUCUGCUUCAAGCAGACUUAGGCAUUGUAGUUGGUACAUCAUCGACAAUGAAAAGGGUUUGCAAGGCUUUCGGUGUAAGUUUGACACCUUUGAAUGAAUUAUUGCAUGCUAUAAAAUGA